GGGGCGGGGCGAGGCUGGGGGGUGGGGGGCGCGGGGCAGCGGGCGGUAGCGCCGCCGCCACGGCCACCGGUACCGGCACCGAUGCACGGCGCAGAGGAGGCGGCGGAGGGGCCGCGGGUGAGCGCAGCGAGCACACAGACCGACAGCAUGGCCGGUCAAAUGCCAAGACUUUCUAAAGUCAAUCUUUUUACUUUGUUCAGCCUCUGGAUGGAGCUCUUUCCUUCGACUGAGCAACAAAAGAAAUCACAGGUGAAGAAGAGUGGCCUAGUUGUGGUGAAAAAUAUGAAGAUUGUUGGUCUUCAUUGUUCCAGUACAGACUUGCAUGCUGGCCAGAUUGCACUCAUAAAACAUGGAUCAAGACUUAAAAACUGUGAUCUUUAUUUCUCCAGAAAGCCGUGUUCAACCUGUUUAAAAAUGAUUGUAAACGCUGGGGUGAACAGGAUUUCUUACUGGCCUGCAGAUCCUGAAAUCAGCUUGCAGAAUGAGGCGUCCAAUCCCAUGACUACGGAUGAUGCAAAGCUAGAUGCCAAAGCAGUAGAAAGACUGAAGUCAAAUAGUCGUGCUCGUGUGUGCGUGCUGCUUCAGCCCUUGGGGUGCUCCAUGGUGCAAUUUGUUGAAGAAACUUCCACCAAGUUUGAUUUUAUUCAAAAAAUAGUAAAAUCUCAGCCUGACUCUAAUGCUGACUUUUACACUGCAUGUAGACAAGAGAGAAUAAAAGAGUAUGAAAGUUUAUUCCUAAUUUCAAAUGAGGAAAUGCACAAGAAAAUAUUGAUGACAAUAGGACUGGAGAACCUCUGUGAAAAUCCGUACUUCAGCAACCUGAGGCAAAAUAUGAAAGAUCUUGUCUUGGUCUUGGCCACAGUGGCUGCCAGUGUCCCUGUCUUUGGAUGCUUUGGAUUUUACAACAGUGAAUCACAACGAACAAAUGAAACAGAUCAUCAGAGUUUGCCCCAAGAAAUUGCAAGGCACUGUAUGAUACAAGCCAGACUACUUGCAUACCGGACAGAGGACCAUAAAACAGGAGUUGGAGCUAUUAUUUGGGCAGAAGAAAAAUCAAGAAGCUGUGAUGGAACAGGAGCAAUGUAUUUUGUAGGCUGUGGUUACAAUGCCUUUCCUGUUGGAUCUGAAUAUGCUGAUUUUCCACACAUGGAUGAUAAACAAAAAGAUCGGGAAAUCAGAAAGUUCAGAUACAUUAUACAUGCGGAGCAGAAUGCCUUAACGUUCAGGUGUCAAGAAAUAAAGCCAGAUGAGAGAAGCAUGAUAUUUGUGACAAAAUGUCCAUGUGAUGAAUGUGUCCCUUUAAUCAAAGGCGCUGGUAUCAAGCAAAUCUAUGCAGGAGAUGUUGAUGCUGGAAAAAAGAAAGCAGACAUAUCCUAUAUGAAGUUUGGUGAAGUUGAGGGUGUAAGCAAAUUUACAUGGCAACUAAAUCCACUGCACACCAAUGCCCUUGAAUUCCAUGACCCCACAGCCAGGGAAAAUGGGGUUCAGAAAACAAAGUCACUAGAUGACCAGCAGCACCAAAGCAAGAAACUGUGUCUUGGUCACUGUUGAAUAAUUAAGCACUUCUGCAGUCUUGCUCUGUGUUUUUUUAUAAUGCAGCCUGUUUGCACUUUCAAAUAAGAAAGAGUUUUAUUUAUUGUUUGGAAAGUGAAUUUUAGAAUAAGUUUAUUUAUGAUGUCUUUAAUGUUUUAUGGAGUUACCUGAAGGUAUUUUUAAUUUAGAACUUCUUCUUGGCAAAAACCUGCUGCUUGUAUUUUCUGUGAAAGUGACUGGGUGGCUGAUCAUUAUUAACACAUUAAAACACAAAAAGGACUGAAACUUUGUUGCUGGCAGAUCACAGUAAUAAUAAAAUGGUACCUUUUUGCUUGGUGUACAGA